AUGUUUAGGGUUCAAAAUUAUAUAUACAAAAUAUUCACCUCAGUGUUGAGUCUUCUAAUUGUGAUUCUGAUUCUUUAUGCAUCUAUCGAAAUAUCAACCAACUAUGGACCCAACGUAUUUACUAGAGCGAGGAAUGUUAACAAAUACUCACAUCAGUACAAACCGUUUUACUACGAUAGUCCAUCGAAUAGUGAUGACAAGGAUUCUAUUAGCAUCGAGAGAGGAAAGAGCAAGAGACGCAGGAAUACCUUUGCUCUCUUCAGCAUCAACAGGAAUAAUAAACGGUACAGCAUUAAGACACUCUUUACUGGGUAUAAGUCGAAGAAGGGAAAGAACAAGGGUAGAAGUAAUCCCCCAGGAGAGGAUGCCACCCUUGACGAGCAAUCCCCCAGUGGAGUAGCACCUUGCACAGGGGUCUCUCGGAAGAGCCGCGUACACCCCGGAACAACGAGUAACUAUAAAAGACAGAGCAUCUACCUUGAUGAUUGCAACAUGUGGAUGAAUAGCGACAUGAAAAAAGUGAAUAAAAAAAAAAAUUUCAAUUUGUCCAGAUCUCUCAGCUUCAAUAUAAAAUUGAACGAAGAGAAUGAUAUGAUGAUGAAGGAUUCGGCUAGUCAGGAUAAUAUCAGAAUUUUGCUUGGUCAUCAGACAAGCAAAUUUGUUGUAAAAAACAAUAAACUCAAGGCAAGGAAAUCAUCGAUAUAUAAUAAGUACGUUCCUUUGACAUUUACUUCGUCUUAUAAGAAUAAUAUGGUUACUCAAUUUUUGAAGGCACACACUGAGAACAUGCGCGAUGUGAGUUCGGAAUACUCUUCAUCAGACAACGAGGGGGGAGUGGAUUCGGGAGUGGACUCCGGAAGGUACAAGAAGGUGUACAUUGGGAAGGGUAACGCGGGCAGGAGGAGGAGGAGGAGAGGGGGGCGUACUUCCCAGGGAGACACUGCAAAGAGUGGUGGGAAGUAUACCGUGGGUGGAGCGGCGGACGAAGCGGUGGACGAAGCGAUGGAUGAAGUGGCGGACGAAGCGGCGGACGAAGGGGUGGAGGACCCCGAUGAUGAUGACAGCGGGCCGAAGCACAUGAUGAAUCGGGAAAUAAGGUCACAUAGUAAGGACCACACGGACGCGGCGACCAGUCUGUACGCAGCCAAAAGCGCCAUCCUGUUUAGCAAAAAAAAAAAAAAAAAAAAUCAGUAUAGAAAACUAAUCAGAGGUAGAACUCGAUACUUUAAACGAAUCAGAUGCGUGAAGAGAGUGAAGAAAUUUUUUAUUUUUUCAUUAAUUACAAUAUGAAUGAAGAACGUGCCGUCUUUGUAUGGCUACAUCGAAUGUACCUUCCAGUGGUGUGGAGUAUUUGAUUACUUCUUCGGAUUGUAUUUCACGAAUAAUAAGCUCAAGUAUAUAUUUUCCUUUUUCUCACUCAUCGAUUUUAUUACAACCCCAGUUUCAUCCCUAAUAAUGAAUGCCAUGUGUGAAAAUAAGUACAGCCAAAAUUACUGGUUUUUGAUCCUAGGUCCUCUUCGUUUUCUGAGACUAGUAAGAGCAGAGAGUACCAUCAGUUCCUGCUUCUUCUGGUUGAGUGACGUGAAAAUUAUAAUAAUUGGGAUAAUCAUUUUGGCCUUAGCAAUUCUGUUUACCUUUUCGGGCAUUAUGUACAUAUUAGAAGCACCAGAUAUAGAACGUGAUUUUGUAACACCCCUAGAUUUUGUAUACUUCGGAGUGAUAACCAUGUCUACAGUUGGGUAUGGAGACUACACUCCAGUGACUCCUGCAGGGAAGUACCUCACCAUGUUCAUUAUAAUCACGUGUAUCAGUUUCGUCGGGGCGCAAUUCAAGAGAUUGAAAGAAGCCAUGUUUAGUCCAAAAACCAUUAUGGGGAUUAUUCCAAAACAGGAUGAUGAUUAUAUACUCAUCCUAGGUCCAGUGAGCCCAACUCAGUUGCUAUACAUCUGUAAGGCUAUUAACAAUAGCUUCCCCAAUUCGGUAGAAUCCAUUUUUCUCUUUACUCCGUUACCUGUGAUCAUAUACCGAUUUGUCUAUGGAAGUAUCGUGAAGAAUACUAAUAUUAAGGUGUGCAUAAAUGGAGGAAAUGAAUGCUUCAUAUGUCCUAGUAUCAUAUACGAUGCAGUAAUCAACGCGAGAGCUCUUUACAUCCUUAACAACGUAGAUGCAGAGAAGUACACCCUGUUAUAUCAACAAAUUUUUCUUGCCAGCAACAACCUAAAUUUCAGUAAUAAUGAUCAGAGUCAAAGAAUCAGUUCUAAUGACAUACUACAUAAUAAUAUAAUUAACAAAUUCAAUAGAGACAAACCGAAGAUGUGGAAGUAUUCAGAUUUUCUUUCCGAUUAUAAAAAUGAAAUUAACAAAAAUAACAUGAAUAAUUUAGAGAUGAACAUUAACAUUAACGACUCACAUGUUGUGAAGGAAAAAGAUGAUCAGGAGUGUCUCCUCCGAUUUAUAGGUACGUACAAUAUUUGUCAUACACUCAUCCCAAUUACGCUGCAACUUUCGAACAAUACAUAUGAGGAGCUAGUUAAAUCGAUGAAGGUGUAUAACUACCUAAGUAUGGAAGAACUGAAGUAUGCUCUCCUUGCAAAGAGUAUCAAUUGCUGUGAAGAGUCUAAAAAAAUAUAUAGUAGAUUUGAAGUUACUUAUGUAUAAAUGAUUAAUGGUGGUGUGAAAAUUAAAAAAAUUAAUGAAAUAUCAUCCUCCAGCUGUGGUAGUAUGUCUUUUGGGGGGAGUGUUCAUACGGCUAACACUGCCAAGGUGGGUACUCAGAGUAGUAGCGAAGUUGAACGAGAAAAUAAAAUAGCUACCCACACCAAGGGUACAGAGGACUCAACCAAUUACAACGAAAUGGUUCCUUUGAACUCCAUGGAUGAUGAACUAGACCUUGCACACUCACCAAGCUAUCGAAAUUAUUAUCAUAUGCUGGAGAGGGUCAGUCUCAACAUGUACUACUACUUGGAGGGACUGAAGUACAACAUUUAUCGUUUCCAAUUCCCGGAAUGCAUGAGAGGGUUUCUUUUCCAAACAGCUACGGAGUAUCUCUACCAGAAGUACAGUGCCUUCCUCAUCGGAAUCAUAACAAUUAAUAAAGAAAUUUUUUUAAAUCCUGUGGAUUACAUCAUUGGGGAGGAAAACAAAUUUUAUUACACUUCUGCUUUUUCUGGGAUAAUUUUGACGACUAGUUUGGAUAACUUGAUCAAGCUGUCCUCUAUUAAGAACAUAUCGAAGAAGGUCUAUGAGUACAACGACCGCCGCAUUAGUGAGCGCUUCCGGGGGAAGAAGGCACCGGGGGUUCGCGCAAAAGGGGGGGAACCGAAGGUCGUUGGGAUGAACGCGGCUGGGAUGAACGCGGCUGGAGUGAAGGCGGCUAGGGUGAAGGCGGCUGGGGUGAACGCGGCCAGGGGGAAGGUCAACUUUGACCCGAGCGGCGGCAAUUCGGGCAGCGACGGGCAGGAGCAAGGCGAGGCCGACCGCUCGAGCCAACCGCGGGAGGAGAAGAUAACCUGUCGGAGCAACCUCCUCUACAACUUCUUCCUGGGAAUCUACGAAAUUGACAACUACAUAUCGGCGUAUCGAGACAUAUUCAGCGAGAAGGACAAGCCGCUACUUCUGGUGUGUGGAUGGCCAGACAACGUACACAUGUUCCUCAAGCAUUUGCAGGUGAACACGGGAAACUGGUUGAGGCACAGAAGGAAGAAGAAAAGGAGAAGGGAGAAGGGGGGGAAGAAGCAAGAGAGCGGGACGGAGAAGGGGGGAAAGAGGCAAACGGGGGGGACAGAGAACGAACAGCGAGGCGAACAACCCAUCGUGCAUGUCGACAACCCCCCAAGUGACACUUCUUGUGCCGAUGACUCCUGUAGCGAUAGCCCUUUGCGAAAGAAAAAAAGGGCUGGGGGGAAAAUCAAAUACAACAUAAUCAUCCUGUCCCUGCAUGUACCCAAAUUCAACUACGAGAAUGACCUGCUGGACUUCUCCCAUAACGUGGCCUUCAUCCGGGGGUCGGCCCUGAACAGCACCAACCUUAUACAGGCAGGCGUGUUCUACGCGAAGAGGCUCAUCAUCUUCAACGCCAACCACAGCCUCUUCAUUGACAAGGACGCCUACCGGAUCGACAACGAAGUAAUCAUAAUAAAGAACGUCAUUCACCAGCUGUACAACAGUGUGUUGAAGAGCAGGUUCAAUUACAUGAAUUUGAUGAAGCGGGUCUUCAAAAAGGAAUUCAAGGAUGUAAAUAUUAACGAGAAGGUGUUCGCUAGUGAAGCUCCGUACCAACUGAACGAGAUGAUCCGGUGCAAAACCUUGAACAUUUUUAACAUCAACCGGAACCCCUACCUCAUCUGCAUGAUUAAAAAUUCGGAGAGCCUGGAAUACAUCGACGGAAGUAUCAACCUGUCAUACGAAAAUUAUAACGAUAAUGAGAAAAUGAACAAAAUCUGGGAAAAUUGUGGAGAAUACAUUUACACAUUUGAGCUGGUUUCUGCCAACAUUUUUGUGGAUGAGAUGUUACAUAAUUUGGUAUCCUUUUCGCUGCCCAUAAGUAAGUACGCCAUUGAGUACUCAGUGAUUUAUUCCCUCAUUGGGAUCGACAUAAAUGAAUACUCCAAGAAUGCAAAAGCUUUCCACAAGAAUUUAAAGUUAUGUACAGGUCAGGUGAAUUUGAUUCCAAUCCCGUCUUAUUUUUACAAGAAGAGUUUUUACAAAUGUUUCUCCUACUUCCUUCACAACAAGCAGUGCUUGUGUAUUGGCAUUUUGCGUUACAUGGACAUUUCUCCUCUGUGCAAGAAGUCCCACAAACUCUUCGUGCUGUCCUGCCCCUCGCGCACAAUGAAAAUUGAGCGUGACGACCAGGCCUAUGUCAUCUCGUACAACAUGAAGUAA